GGUUGCCCCUGCGAACAACGUAUACUGAACACAAUCUAUUCAUACAUAACAUUUUAGUAUAGAAUAGCGUCACUUUGAAUUGAUUCUCGUCGCUGUGAACACGCGUCCAUAAUACUCGAAUAAAAAUGGUGAAAGUGGACAUCAAAUACACCAAGUUGUUUAUUAACAACGAAUGGGUGGAUGCAGUGAGCAAGAAAACAUUCCCAACUAUUAACCCACAGGACGAGACCGUCAUCGCUCAAGUUGCUGAGGGUGAUAAGGCUGAUGUAGAUUUGGCAGUAGAAGCGGCUACCAAAGCAUUCCACCGAUACUCAGAAUGGCGCACAAUGGACGCCUCACAAAGAGGCCGUUUGCUUCUCAAACUGGCUGACCUGCUCGAUAGUAACUUCAAGUACUUGGCUGAAUUAGAGACUUUGGAUUGCGGGAAACCGGUCAAGCAAGCUGAAGGAGAGGUGCUAUGGUCUGCGAACAUCAUCAGAUAUUAUGCAGGAAAAGCUGACAAGAUCUUGGGGAACACUAUCCCUGCCGACGGCGAAGUUGUGACUUUUACACUAAAAGAGCCAGUGGGAGUGUGCGGUCAGAUUUUACCAUGGAACUACCCCAUUCCCAUGUUCGUAUGGAAGAUCGCACCAGCUUUAGCAGCAGGUUGCACGGUGAUUGUGAAGCCAGCUGAGCAAACACCACUCACGGCUCUAGCCGUGGCGGCACUCAUCAAAGAAGUGGGCUUCCCCCCCGGCGUCGUCAACGUCAUCCCUGGGUACGGACCCACCGCUGGGGCUGCUUUAACGAACCACCCUCGUGUUGACAAAAUUGCCUUUACGGGGUCUACUGAGGUCGGACGCAUCAUAAUGAAUAAUGCUGCAGCAACAAAUUUGAAGAGAAUAACUCUUGAGCUCGGUGGAAAGAGUCCUUUAGUCGUUUUCAACGACGCUGACGUGGAGACUGCUGCUCAAAUUGCCCACCGCGCAGCGUUUGCUAACGCCGGACAAUGCUGUGUUGCGGGUACGAGGACUUACGUACAGUCUGGCAUCUACGAUAAGUUCAUUGCAAAAGCAGCGGAGAUAGCAAAGAACAGAACUGUCGGCAACCCGUACGAAGACGUGCAGCAAGGACCACAAAUCGACUCGGACAUGUUUAACAAAGUAAUGGGCUACAUUGAAGUGGGCAAGAAAUGCGGUGCCCGGUGCAUCGCGGGAGGCAACCGGCAAGGGAACGUCGGGUUCUUCAUCGAACCCACUGUUUUUGCUGACGUUAAGGACGACAUGAAGAUUGCCAGGGAAGAAAUCUUCGGUCCAGUUCAGAGCAUCCUGAAGUUCGAGACAUUUGAAGAGGUGGUGGACCGUGCCAAUGACUCCAACUACGGACUUGGAGCUGGUGUGAUCACAAAAGACUUCACCACAGCCAUGGCCUUCGCUAAACAUGUUCGUGCUGGUAGUGUUUGGAUAAACACAUAUGAACACGUGGCGCCGCAAACUCCCUUCGGUGGAUUCAGAGAAUCUGGCAUUGGCCGUGAACUGGGUGAGGAUGGCAUUCUGCAAUACUUGGAGAACAAGACUGUUACUAUGAACGUGCCUAAGAAACCUUUCUUGUAAAAUCACAAUAUGAUGUUAUUUUAUUGAAUAAACUUUUUGUUUUGA